CAAGUAGAUCGUACCGGCAGGUAUUCGGAGUCGGGGCGAGGGAACACAAGGUAUACGCGCGCGGGAACGUAACACACGCGAUUUGCCGAACAUUGCUCCACGGAGCCGCGGGGCACGAUGACUGCCCGGCGCGUGCACCAUUCGCGGCGACAACAACGAGAGUGCCGUAGUUGCCGUCGUGGUGUCGCAUUCGUCGCCGUCGCGCGUCGUCGUCUCCAUCGUGCUACGGACCCGUUGACGGAAUCGCGGUACAGUGCGCUCGCGGAAACAUCGUGGCCACCGUGUUCUCCGUGCGAGUAUGCUACGUCCUACGACAAGUCGGGCUCGAGCGGCGGGUGCGUGCACUGAGAGGUCCAGUCGCAGCUAGAGAGAGAGAGAGAGAGAGAGAGAGAGAGAGAGAGAGAGAGAGAGAGAGAGAGAGAGAGAGUGAGAGAGAGAGAGAGGGAGGGAGGGAGCGAGUAGAGGAGCAACCCGCGCGCGCCUCACUCCACAAACACACUGCAAACUCUACGCGUUAACUCUACGUCACGGCCUGCCUUCUGUACACACCACCUACCUCUGCGUCAUCUUCCGCGGCGGAGUCUCUUUCUCUCUUGUCACCACGUCCUACGCCGCUUCACGCCGCUUCGCGCCCUCCUCCUCCUACUCCUCCUACUCCUACGACGCGACGACGGUAGCGGCGACCUUCCCACGCGCGUAUCUCUCUCGCCGCCGCCGGCGACGACCGGAAAUUAAACUCGCGCGCGCGAAAAGCGCGAGUGUGUGUCGUGCGCGACGCGUGGCGAGGUGUGUGCGGUGAGGUGAGGACGUCGUGAGGCGAGGAGGCCCGGCCCGGCCGUCUCGUCGUCGUUCCGUCUUUCGUCUCCUCCGUACCGCCGUCGGCCACCGUCGGCGAGUCGGCGAGACGUUGUCAUUAACCGCGCGCGUCGCGGUUGUCAUUUCGCGCGCUUACGCGCGCGCGCGCGCGCGAGUCAAGAAACGCGAGGAGCGUCGUUUGCCGCUCUUUGUCUCCCGGUAGCGACGACGCGCAGAACGGCGGCCUAAUCUCCGCUCCGCGUGAACGCAGUGGCGCGACAGUGACCGCGGGUGGUGAACAGUGACGGUUCUGUGUGCUGCUGCUGCUGCUACCGCUACCUCAAGUUGCACCCGAUAACUCGGAUCAGUGAACGGUGAGAUCCACGCGCGCGAAACGAGGUGCUUCUCGAGGAGAAUUCUCGCUCGCCGUCGGCCAUCGUUCAUAAUCUUGAGAAAGAAAGAGAGAGAGAGAGAGAAGAGAGAACGGAGUCAUCCGGAUCGGCAAGUUUGGCAAGUGACGACAGGGAAGACGGUGGCCGUCGCUCGCGUGCCAGCAAUAAUGCCGCACGUGAGCAGCAGCGGCGGCGGCGACGAUCUCGGCAGCGAAGACGAGGUCAAGGUCUUCAAGGAUGAGGGCGAGGAGGAGAAGAGGUCUUCGGAGAACCUUACCGAGGACAAGAGCGACCUUAUUGACCUCACCGAGUCCGAGGAAAAGGGCGCACUCUCCGCUGGCACCUACGCGACGACGGGAAAAACGUCGGCGAGAUCCGACCUCAGUCCCGUUUUCGGAAAGGUGGAUCCGACACCGCACACCUCCUCGUUCAACAUGGGCUACCUCGUCUCACCGUAUCCAUAUUCCAAUGGAGCUGGAGGACCCAUCCCCGUUUCUAUGGUAUGUACGAUACAGAGAUGCUAUUGAUGUUAAACGCGCGAUAAAUUGUGAGUACCCAAGACACUGAAUCUCGUCAUAUCAGAAUAAUCCGAUUACAGUGUUGCCAUAAGCGCACCAUAAAAUACAGACCGAAAAACUUGAUCGCGGAUUCAACAGAAGUAUAGUGCCAGAGUCCAUAAAUCCGUUUACAGUGUCGUCUUGUCUGGCAGAGAGCGUAUGUGCCGACGCCGACGCAGUGACGUCCUCCACUCGUGUAGUUUUAUGGGCGCACUUUAGCGGCUGCGUCAAUUUCAUUAGGCCGAACUUGGAUUCUUGGCACGUCCGCCAGACGUAGCUCCACUGAAAUCCAAUAGGAGGCGAGGAGUAAUUGCGAAUUUAAAACGUGUCAAAUUUAAGACGUUAUAUAUAAGCUAAGUGCCAUACGUCAAUACUCCUUUCGUGAAAAGUAAAACUUAAUUAGCUUUACAAUUAAAUCGAAAUCAUGAAUUUAAAUGUUUGAUAUUUGAUUUUUUUAAUAUUUCGUAUUGCUAAUUAGAUAUAAAUAGGGAAAAUGAUUAUCGAGUCUAUAGCUACGUAGUGGCAUUAAUUAGCGUUAAUAGUAAUAAUACGAUACACGUACUACUAGGGCGGUAAUGAACUAAUGUGCGGUAUCUGGCGCUUCGUGGUGUGGCAGCGCGAUGUUGCAAUUUCAACCCAGCGAGAGGACGUGGAAUACCUACUCGCGUUGCUGGUUGACUCGCGGCUGUUCACGUAAGACUUUCAUUUUACUGUCGGUAUUAUCGACGAUGUCGAACGAUCGCAGAUCUUCGUUCUAUCUGUCGAAAAUGCUUCUUCGUUGUGCAUCUUAAAUCUCGAUAAGAAUAUUGCGUAUGUUACAUUUUUAUCUCAUUAUGGUAAAUUGAUUAAUCGUCGAUCAAAUUAAUAAAUUCAUUGACGAAAGUUACGAGCAAAGAUCGAUUAUAAAUGUCGAGAAAGAAAAGAUUUGCAGAUAUCGUUUAUUAAUCGAUGAUUUAAUGUGGCUAAGUAGAAAGAUUUUUUUUCUCUCUCAAAGCAAAUACUCCAAAUGAGACGGCUUCAAAUUAUUUUUAUUACAUUGACAACAUUUGAAAUUAAGCAUCUUGUAAACUAAACCAAAAAAAAAAGGCUAAAGAGACGCGAAGGAGGUAGUCAGUUCUUCUAACGAUGCCAGUCGGCAAACCUUAGCGGAGAGGGGAGGGACGGCAUAAAAUUUCUCUCUCCGUCCCGGCCCUCGACCUGUUCUCACGCAACUCGAGCGCAAGCUUCUUGCCUCGCGGUGAUCACGAAGAGAGGAAACGUCCGUCUGUCCGCGGUGCCGGCGAGAGCAAGAUUUUUUUCGUUCGUUUUGACGUGAACGAGCGUAUACCCCCGCCUCGUUCCCGAUGUGCACGCCACGCGUUGCGCAUCGCGCCCUUCGUAAACACGAUCGAGCGAAACCCGCCGCGUGAUAACGACGUGCAGCCGUUCGUUUACUCCUUUUGCGGCACGUCUCGCCAUAAAUUUCUCCAACGCCCGCAGCCUAGGCAUUUAAUCGCGAACGUUAACAGUCUCUGCUUGAUCGGAGUUGACAGUGAAUUUUAAAUAGGCAAAUGAUGCCGCAGGUUAGAAAAAGGACAUCAUGAUAAUUUAACAAAUAAAAUAAUUGUUUUUUUGUAAAAAUUAUAUCGAUUAAAUUUAUUAUUUGACACAUUUCUGUUUAUUGGUGUCUUUUUCUCAAUUUACACUUGCGAUGUAAAAAUUCUCGAGAACUCUUAAGAUCUUGUAAGGGAAUUUUGUAAAUAAAUAAUCCGUCGCAACAAGAAACUUUUGCGAAAUCAUAAACAUACUGAACAUAUUGAGCAAUCAUUUCGAAGCAAGAGAAGACCGUUAGGCGCAUAAUCUCAACAUCCACCAUUAUUAAAUAACUAUUAAUCUACGCCGCCGAGAAAUGGGAUAAAAACUCAACAAGAACGGCAUCGCAUCAAUGCCCGCCUCAUCUCCUAAUUCUCGUAUUUCUUCGCUAAACAUUAGCCCGCGCUCGCGUAGGUACUUGGAUUGGCCUAGAUUUUUGUCUUCGGGCGGAUACGACGCGACGGUCUCUUCUGAUUUCGAGGCAAGAAGUCGGCCGUUCUUUGCUCCCAUCGCCAAGGGAUUCUCGCAGCAGGAUAACUACCGAUGGUAGGACACAGCCGCCGCCGGUGGGACUCGUGGGUGGGCCUUCUUCCCGUUCGCGGCACGUCAUCCGUAAUUACAGGUUCCUUUAUUUACCGCCUGUUACACACUUCGUUAGCACGUCACUUAUAUAAAGCGUUCGUGUAGCAUUUAGUAGGAUACAUGUAAUUCUCUCUUCCUCAUCUUCGAAGCGCCACGUACAAUCCCGCUGCCUUUUUGCAUCGUUCUUUCACAUCUUAUCCUUCUAUUCGGCACCGAAUCAGUCUACUAUUAUUCCUCACCUUUUUUAGCUUGUCAUGAAUUUUACUGUGAUCAUUGUGACGCUAAUCACAAAAUUAACGGGUUAUUUCUUGCUAGUGUGAUUUAACGAGUGAUCUCUCUUUCUUUCAAUCUAUGUUUUUUCGAACGGCAUAAAAAUGUUACUACUUCUAUAAUCAUAAUAUUAUAUUGCUCUACCUUAUAAAAACUGCAAUUAUAAAUUUCUUGUUUUGCUAUUUGCAAUUGUUUAUUGAGGCAUUAUUUUAUUUCACCAGAUGUAUGUGUACAUUAUUUACACAGACAAAAUAAAUAAUAACUUACAGUGCUUUGUUAACGCCCAAUGGUUUCGUCAUUUAAGAUAUUAUCUCGACCACUUUCCAUUGACACUAAUCGUCGCGUGAUUUGAAGGGAUAGAACGAUGAUCGGUUGUGGAUGGUUCUGGACAAUCGCGGCUUUACGAAAGAGAUACAACCGACAGUGAGAGAGCGGUUUAUGAAUGAAUCGCGUGCGUGCCAACCGUCCUAUUAGCGGUAGGCCCCCGCCAACGGUAGCCAAGUUGUGUUCGAACACGAGAACGUUUCUCAAUUACCUCGCAAAGCCGCUCUCGGUGCGCGUACCUACCGCCGUGAUUAUAACCGAGCCGUGACGUACCAGCUCGCCACCGCUGUUUCACGAAGGUCUCGGCCAAGGCGUUACCAUCACAACCCAGUUAAUGCCGCGCUUCGUCUACCUGAAUGGAAAUUGCACAUGCCAUGGAGAUCGCUACGGAUAAUUUUAAACUCUCCGAAUAAAACCGCUUAUCUGGUUUCAGGAGUUAUGUCAACAGUGCAUGCACACGGAUGUGGGAGUAAACACACAUAAAGUAUAUAUUAUAUUGAAAAAUACUAAACUGAUUUAUAUAGAUUAUAUAAAUCAAGAAGUAAAAUAAUCUGUUUUUCUUUUUUCUGACGUAUUAGAUGUCUUCUGAAAUUAAUAUGAGAAGGAAAGACAAAUUUAUGGAUCUCUAUUAUCUAUUAUGAAUAGUAUAUAGUACGAAUUCUAUUUCUAUGCCAACGAUUUUUAUAAUUUACGGAAAUUCCUCCGGAAAGCUUUCACUUCUGGAAAAUUGCAAUAAACAUGCGCGUGCCCUUCUUGGAGCCAAGCAGAAAGAAGCUAGUAAAUAAAGCCACAAACCAGAAGUGUGACACUUUAUCAUCCUCAACGUGCAGAAAGAACGAGCUGCAUGGGUCUUUUCAGAACUUGCACCUCGAUUCCAUCUAGUAGUUUUCCAUUUCCGUCAUCGUCGCCUGCUGUAAUGAGAUUUCAGAAAGCACAUGGCGCGCAAAAAAACGCUAACUAUGAAAUAUGAUUGCAAGGAUUGUCGUAAAUUUAUUUAUAGUCAUAUUAGAUUAUAAUACUUUUAAAAAAUAGUAAAAUUUUAAAACUUAAUGCAAUAAAAUAAAUGAUUGCCAUUUUUUUAAUGUGUUGAUUCCGAAAGUAUUUAUUAUAUAAUAAUACGUGUGCACAUAGAAGAUGUAUCACAUCAUGUUAAAAAAGAAACUUAUAUUUUGUUUGCAACUAGAAACAACCAUGGUGAAAUUUGGAAUCAUUGUGCUCGUUGGGUGGCGGGUAUUCGCGAGUAAAACUUUUUUAGAAUGAUAAUUACGAUUGUAAUUAAACUUUUCAGAAUGAAAAGGAACCCUUGCGAUAUCCGUGAUAAAAUGAGCAAGCGAGCGCGAGAGAAUGAUACGCCGGAAGAAAAGGAGGUGGAUAGGUAGCGGGAGAGAGGGAUCGGAGACUUCAGAAGGGUGCAAGCGGUUGGUGAAGUACCCGGGCCCGAAGGGGAUGCGAGUGGAGCAGCUCAGUUGAAGCCGUGGCAAGGCGGAGUGCCAUAAUUGGAGCGGUCGCGUGCGUUCGCCGCGGGACAAUAGACUCGUCCGAGUGCAAAUUAUUAACACAGCGUUCUCUUCUCUCUCUUCGUUUCUUACCGCUCAGGCUAUCCAUCUCGAAAGAAUCACGUUGUUUUUGCCUUUUGUAACGUGAUGAUUAUGGAAUUACAGUACGGUAAUUUGUCGAUUUGUUAAAAAAUCGUAACUAAAGCAACAAAUAUAGAUAUAUAGAUAUAUCAGAAAAGAUUUUUCCUGAUUUACACAAUGAAUAUAAAAAAUAGAUAAUUAGACACGAUUUAAAAUUUUCAAAUUAAUAAUCUCAUUUCUUGAGAGAGAAAGAGAGAGAGAGAGAGAGAGAGAGAGAGAGAAAUUUGCCAUCGUACAAUAAUUACGUGAUAUCAAGAGUAAUAUAUCCGAAUAUAGCCAUUUGCACACUCGGAUGCGAACGAAUGUAAAUCAAGAAAAAGAAAAAACAAGUGGAAAGAAAGAGAAGCUUCGAUCUGAGUCGUGGUUCGGUAGAAAAUCUAAAAUACGCAGAAAGCGAGAGAGAGAGAAAGAGAGAAAGAGCUUCGUAUUUGAUAUUCAAAAUCUUGAAGUAUGACCAAUAGUCUUUUGUUUAGCAAGGUUCAUGGAGAUGAUGGAAAAAGAAUAGAAAAAAAAAAUAUAUAUAUAUAAAUAAAAUAGAGAGAAUAAGCGAGAAAAAGGAUCACCUGGCAGAGGUAACACGGCUUCGGGAUAAAUUUGCACUGAGUGCAAAAUCUUUCUGACCUCGAUGUGCUUGGUCCUCUCUUUUCCAUUUCUGUUCUCUCAAUGCAUGAAUGGCUGGUCGAAGAUAGAGGAACGCGAAGAAGCGAAAUUACGCCAAGUUUGGGAUGCGAAUGAAGCGGCAGCGAAUGGAUAGCCAAUCAGGGGUGAGUUCCAUUUAAACCGCGACGGAUUCUCUGCACCGCGACUGAAAGGCAUUUAACCGAUCCAAAAGACCACCCUCUUUGUCUCCCCCUCGCUUUCAUUAGACAUCGUACUUUGUUCCUCCCCGCUACAGCAAGGUUUAUAUUUUAAAUGCUAAUUGCUAGUUUUUAAUGGGCCGUGCUGCGAGCCUCUGGCUUCCUUUAUUAUACGAAUCGAGCGUCAAAAGCGGAAAAAGAGACAUAUGCAAAGAGAUGGAAAGGGUGAAAAAAAAAACACAAUGUAGAGAGAAUAUUUGAUGAUAUGAAUUUCAGCAGGAUAAGGAAAAACGGAAGUUAUUUAUAAAAUAAUAAUGCGAUAAAUAUUGAUUGUGGAUGUUGUUAAUCACAUAAAUGUAGCAUAACAUAUGUGUUUCCGGGGAGAGAAAUUGCACAUACGCAAAAAGAGUUUAAAUUAAAAUAAAACUUUAAGAGUUUGAAAUAUAUAUUAUAUAGAGAAACAAAGAGAGGGGGGAAAGAGAAGUAGAAAACAUGCAUACUCGCGUGGGACGAAGAAGAGAACGCUCCUACUUCCCUAAAGAUAACCGCCAUCACCGGUAUUUGUUCCGUCGGGAAUAAUGUAUAAUGAAAAAAUUACAGCUUUUGCCGUCAAUUAUUAUGUAUAUACGAAGGUGCCAUGUGCGCGCACGAUAUACACGUAUGUAUAUCCAAGAACAAAAACCCCGGUCGGCUGCGUGCAACCGCGGUUAUAAUUUCUCUCUCGUUGCCGCAUAAAUCACCCUUUCCCGAUUCCCUUCGCCUCGUCUUGCGAUUAAACCGCGCAUACAGAACGCGUGUUGUAAGGUUCCUCUUGUUACCGACAAUUACCGACGCUUCUCGUUUAAUCCUCGUUUUUUUUUCCUCCCCGGCAGCUCUCCGCCAUCAGAGUUAUGUUAAAUAGAUUGAGCGAAAACAAUUAUGUUACCCUCGAAAGAGGGAUAUCGCUCGCGAUAUACUUAUUAUACUCGUCACGGGACGCUGCCCCGUUGUGAUUUGCGCGCGUCGAUGAGAAUCUCGACGGAAAGUUAACGAAAUCAGCUUGUUCGCGCCACUCUAACGAGAAAAUUACUUUAAAUUGAUAAUAGCUUCUCUUUCUUUCCAAAUUGCCGAGUGGAAAUGUCAAAUGCUUUCUACUUCUCUUUUCUACUUCGGUGUCUAUCUAUUGUGCUGUUUGUUUGUAAUUAUUAUUUUUGUCGUUACGAAGAAAGUUUAACAACGCGUGUAAGAAAAUUAAAAUAGAAACGUAAAAUGGUUUAGUUUAAACGGUAUUUUAGUUUGAGACUACUUUUUGAUAUGGCUCCAAAUAGCUUUUAAAAAGUAAAGAAUUACUUCGAAGAAUCUAAAAUUGUAAAAGGUAAAAGUACAAUAGAGCGACGUUAAUGAAUGUCGAAGAAAUAUUUAUAACGAGGAAAGACCUAGAUCUCAUAUACUUGAAAAA